AUGUCAUCGUCAGACUACCGGUCAUCGUCAAGCCCCCCGAGAUCUUCCAGCUCUCCAACUCCAAACACUAAAGGUACAACUAUCCGGCGAUCUAAUCGGCCCAGGAAGGAGCCGGCCACUUAUGACUUGAAGGCUUUAUCCGAUCUUGAAAGAGUGUGGAUCUCUGAGGAUGAGUCAACCUCUGCUAUCGCCGUCACUGAUAAUAUUUGCUCCUUCAACAUACCAUGCCAGUCUCAAUCAACGGCACCUGUUCCCAGGGUCAAUUUCCAGAAACUCUUAUUUGAACGUGAACUUCGUCGUGGAAAGAAGAAGAGGCAGAUUCAAACGACGGUGGCUUCGUCCCUGAAACCGUGGAAGCGCUGGAAGGGCGCCUCCAACGAUGUAUGUGCGCUUGCCUGGUCACCCGAUGGCACCAGGUUUGCUGCCGGAGCUACGGCUCACCCGGAUGAAUAUAACCGCCGAAACAACCUGACCCUGGGCGACCUCACAGACGGUUCCUUGUGUGAGCUUCCAGACCACUGGGUUCCUUGUCCUGGUUCGGCCUCGUCGAGUAUUUCAGACGACCGCCUGUUUACGACCAUGACCGCGAUCCAAUGGGCUGGAGAUCGGCUCUAUACCGCUAGCUACGACCAUACCAUCAGAAUUUGGGACGUUGAAUCCCGGCACCGUCCAGCCCGCGUCAUAAGAACGCUCCCACAUGAUUCAAAGGUGCGGGUUAUGUGCCUAUCAAACUCGACGCCCAAUUUGAUUGCAACUGGUACCGAGAAGACGUUUGGUUUAUGGCGUACCUCUCCAGAAGACUGCGAUCCUACCUACACCUCUUUACCAAUACAGCGGAAUUCCCGCCAGAAGACUCACAUUGACCUUGAACCAACCAAUCUGACGUGGGGCGGGAAUGCUCAGACAAGCCAUCUUUUGAUAGGCGGCAUGGCGGAGCAGAGCCAAGAUGAAUACAAUGUCUCCCCCUUCGGCCAUCUCGGGAUGUGGAGCAUUAGGGAAUCCUCCGUAGAACUGCGAAAGCUCAGCCGGGAUUCGCAAAAUAUUUUCGAUAUCAAGUGGCACCCCAAUAGGCCAGUGUUCGCGACAGCGAGUACGACCAGUCCGUCUUUUGAGCUCCCGUCGCGCACCAGAUCCGUUGUCCAGCUGUACGAUAUCCAGUUGAAUGACAAAUCUACUAUUAUCGGCCAAUUUCCCUGUCCAGCCAUGGACAUCAAUGAACUAAGCUUUUGUCCCAUGGACUCAGUCUAUAUGACGGCGAGUUGUACCGAUGGCAGCACCUACAUUUGGGAUCACCGAAAUCCGGGAAAGAUCUUGCAUCAACUCCGGCAUGGCAUGCCACAAAUGCCACUGAAUCCUGAUUACUCUCGAGAAGUCACUGAUCUGGGAGUCAAAGCAGCUCUCUGGGGCCCAACUAUUGACCAAUUCUAUACUGGUGGCUCUGAUGGGUUUCUCAAACAGUGGGAUAUCCGCCGGUCUCCUGAAGAUGUGCUCGUUGCGAAUACGACCAACAUCGAGGAGGGCAUUGUGAGCGGUGCAUUUUCGAACGACAAAUCCCAGCUCCUCCUGGGCGAUUUUUCCGGUGCAAUUCAUAUUUUAUCCUGCGGACCCUAUUCAGAUCCAGAACCAGCUGACGUUGAACUUCACUUUCGGCCUGCUCCGGAUCCAGAGAGUUCAUCUGUCGAGCAGCCGGGGAUUCCGAUCGCGCAAGAGCUGGUAUCUACAGGGCAGCUUGUUCUGCACCCUGUCUACGGACCUAUCCAGGGGCCUCAGUAUCAAGGACCGUGGGCGCGGUGGGCGCGUGGUCUCGAGAAAAAGGCUCCUGCUGAUAUGGUACAACAAGUACCGUUACUUCCCAAUAUUCGACUUCGCCAGUUUGAUGGUCCCCCAGCACUGGAUCGGGAACUUGAUGCAGAGGCCCAACGGGAGGUUCAGUGUCACUUCAACCUCGCGCACGCACGACAUGGACGGCCAAAUUUAGGCGUUCCGCCUCAGGGAAAGAAACGCAAACGUGAGAGCAAUACUGCUGGCUCAUCUACAGCGGAGUUGGGUUCCCAGCGCCUGGGAGAGCCCAAGAAGAAAAGAAAAAAGGAGAGAAAGAAAGACAAGAAAGAGAAGGUGAAAAAGCGAUAUCGAAGUGACAGUGGAUUUGUGAUCACCAAUAUGGACUCCUCGAUCAUCGACUUGACGAUGGAUUCUGACGAAGCCGCCGACUCGAACCUGAAGCCGUCCUCCAGCAUCUUACCAAAAGGAUCAUCAGGCGCCUCAUCGGAAGCUUUGCAAACGCCAGCACCUUCUAGCCCCACUGCGUUGAAAGACGAACCCACAGACUCAGAUGAAGACUAUUGGUGGCCAGAUAGCGCACAUGUGGACGCGAACUUUGGCUAUGAAGGCGUUUAG